CAACCGCCUCCUCCUCCACCCUAUAAAUCUCACGCGCCACCACGCGGCAGCCUCGUCCAUAUCCAAGUUCCAACCGCACCAUUCCAGCUCCACCACGCGGUCAACAGCGAGAACACAUCGGGAGAUCCAAAGUUCCCACGGCUCCAUCCCCAUCGUUUCCAUCGAUUCAUCUCGCCGUCUCGUGAUCUCUUGGCGCGUGUGGGUACAUACAGCCAUGGCCACCAGAGGGGGAGUAGUGCUCAACCUGCGCGUCCCGUCGGCUUCAGUGGCGCCGGCGCGGCGGUGUGGGACGGCGUCGUCGUCGGUGAGAUGCGGGAGCGCGCGCGGGGCGGCGCCGGCGAGGCAUACGGGCGGGGCGCUGGAGGAGGACCACUACCGGACUCUGAGGCUGCAGCCGGGCGCCACCAGGGGCGAGGUCAAGAAGGCCUUCCACCGCCUCGCGCUGCAGUACCACCCGGACGUCGUGCGCCAAGAAAACAGCGUGGACUUCGAGCGGAUCAACGCGGCGUACCAGAGGGUGAUGAGCAACAUGCGGGAGGCGGAGGCGACGCUCGAGUACUGGCGCCGCCGCUACGGCCUCGCGGACAAGGACCUCGACCGCUACCGCCACUACCCCAACGAGGAGGACGAGGACGACUGGUUCGCCGACCUCUGAAAUCUGAAAUGUGACGGAGGCAGCACUGUAAAUAAUUUCUGAAAUGUGACUCUCUGCUUCUCUCCACUGUUUUUUGUGAAGGGGAGCUUAGAGACGCAGGGUUCUAGAGAUUGUAAUCUGAACAUUAUUAUUUUGAUUGUGAAUAUAACAAAACAUAGCAGGAAUUAAUCUU